AUGCAUAUUGGAGUUUUAGCAAAGGCCGAUGCACAUAUUCUGUUCACCGAACAUCCAAAUGCUAAUGCAGUGAACCCGGUAUAUGAAAUAGUAUUGGGUGCUGGUGGCAACUCGUACUCUGAAAUAAGAAGAGCUCUUCGAAAAAAUGGAAUCAAAUCAGUUCGUACCACAAAUCUUCUCUCUGCUAUACGAUACACCGUGUUUUGGGUCAAAAUUAGCUCAGAUGGUUCAAUUGAAGUUGGAAGAGAAGGGGAAGAUCUACCUUUUAUGGCAACAAAGGAUCCCAAUCCGUUAAAUAUAAAAUAUUUUAGUUUGAGUUCAUGGGGUUCUUCGAAAGCAUCGUGGUUGUACGAUUGCCCAGAUCCUUAUGGACUAGCUAGUGAUACAAAUUCCAUGCAAGUCCGUCCAAUUCGAGAGCAACUGUCUGCCAACCUAUUGAAAAAUUAUGACACUAAUAUGAUUCCUGUUGUAUCAGAUGAACGGAAACAAAUCAAUGCCCAUCAUUCUUGGAUAGAUAAUAGGCUAUUAUGGAAUCCUGAUGAUUACAACAAUUUGACUGUUAUCAAAUUUAAUGCUCGUGACAUUUGGCAACCUCCAUUAUAUUUAUUAAAUGCUGCUAGAAGUUCUGGAUCUGAUAUAUUAGAAAAUUCUCUGCUUGAAGCUACUUACAAGGGAGUUGUGUCGUGGAAUGUUCCGGUGCAUUACCAAUCCUGGUGUAAUCUUGGAGAAGGCAUUACCAGUUGGCCUAAUGAUAAGCACAUCUGUGAAAUCAAAUUAGCCGCUUGGUCCUCUCAUCAUGAAUCACCAGUAUACUUUGGGUUCAGUUUUGAAUUGACUAAAGACCACUCUACAACCGACUGGUUAGUGACUUCGGCAUUCGCUAGAAAUGCUAUGUACAAUGUCACGGAUAUUACAACUAGAGCUACAAUAAUUAAUUUAGAAUUGCGUAGAAAGACAAAUGUAUUCAAUAUAUUAUUUCGUGCACCAUUUAUUGCAUCUUUAAUAUUGAAUAUGUUAUCGCUCUGGAUGAAAGAUGGUCUCAGAACUUCUGUUGUGUGCUUAGGAGCACUAAUUUUGACUCCACCUUUUGCAAUGAUGGUUCAUCUGGCACCAGCACACCAUACACAUGUUCCAAUUUUAGUUAACUUAUAUGUCCUGGGAUAUUUUAUAUCAUGGAUAAUGUUAAUGAUGGCUGUAUUGGGAUCCUGGUUUAGAAAGGCUCCUCCAGUGCAUGCUCCACCAACUUGUUUAGUUAAUUUUUUGAAUUAUAAAAUAAUUAAAUGGUUAAUGUGUUUGUCUUCUAUUCAGGGAGAUUUAUAUGAAAAUUUAAUGAGCGUGUCCAAGUCUGAGAGUUCAUGGGUUACUGUUGGAAAUGCGAUGGACCGAGCAGUUUUUUUUACAAUAAGUAUUGCUUUAGCAACAAGCUUUUUACUAUUAUAA